AUGUCUGCAGAUCACACGUUUGGACAGACGGGCCGCUCGCGAGCUCCCAGUCCGCAAACAAUCAGAACUGCAUGGUCAGACCGCGUGGCCCCCACUCACUCAGAGGUUCCACGACAAACGAACGACGACAACGAGUGGCAGGCGGACGCUGCUGAAGAUUAUAUUGUCGGGCCCAUGCCCACGAAUCAGUUCCUUGACUUCCUCCCCGCGAAGAACACUGCACGAAUGCCGACGGCAGAGAGUGCCUUUGACGGCCUCCAGGAGGUCGAUGUGGCUUCGGAACUGUAUGCAGUACUUACCAUGCCCGAGCGUUGCCCAGGGUUCAAGUUUGAUCUAAGUGUAGAUGAAGAGAAACCUGCGCUGGUUUGUCUGCCGAAGACUUCCACAGGCCACGACAACGAAGAGGUUCCAGAGUACGCCGGUGAGCUGUUCAUAGACGUACAGACCGACGAGGAGGGCGACUUUCUCCGCGAUCCCCAACCCGGCGCGGACCGCAAGCGACAUCAGUUCGUCCUGACCUACGAACGUUCAGAGGAGACGAACCGUCAGAAGUCACGGCAAUCGUUGGGACGAAACAUCCGAUGGGCCACCAGUGCACUCAUGAACCAACACCGGACGCAUUACUUCUCGGUGGCCCUUCGCGGUACGUGGGCGCGGCUGCUGCGGUGGGAUAUGAACGGAGUGAUCGCAUCGGAGGCCUUCGACCUUCGCGUCAAGCCCGAGAUACUGUGCGACUUCCUGUGGAGAUUCGCACACGCGUCCACCGUCGAGCGCGGUUAUGACCCGACGGUCGAGCGCGCAUCGAGGAACGAGGAGCGGACGUUCUUGGAUGCGGUCACUGCCUAUGCCCACGAGCAACUUGUCGAGAACAUCCCGAUUCAGCACCUGGAUGGCGAGGAACUCCGAAAGGCGAAGGUCAGAAUGAAUGAAAUGGAAGCCGCCUUCAGAAAGACCGUCAAGCAACAUUACGAGCCGGGACGCGUGGUCGCUGUCAGCGUAGUCUUGCACGACGGCAGCGUGGCUCGUUGCCUCAUAUGCAAGCCGGUGGCCAGCUACUUCGCCAUGGAGCGCGGCGGGAUGCGUGGGUUUUGGGGAGUGAUCGGUGGGAAGGUCGUGUUCUUGAAGGACACAUGGCGUGAGUGGAUGGAUUACUCCGAAGGCCAGAUCCUAGAGGAUCUGCACCGGAAGGAAGUGAGACACAUCCCCGACGUACUCACUUACGGAGACGUCCCAGCUCAGCUCCCGGCCGCGGCGUGUACGUUCGAGAGGAUGACACGGAGCAAGACGAGUAAGCUGCGAGAGGAAAACCCCGCCCAAUUCACGCUGACGGACAAGUACCGAACAGCAGGAUGGGCAUGCCAUAACGGCCGCAAGGUCACCGUACAGCGCCGGGUACACCACCGUCUUGUGUUCAAGACGGUAGGCCUUCCGCUAAGCACACUGUGGGGAACCAGGGAGCUCCUGCACGCGACCCACGAUGCAUUAGAGGCCAUGAUGGACGCAGCGGAGAAGGCGGGCACACUGCAUAGAGAUAUCAGUGUGGGCAAUAUCAUGCUGGUGAAGAACUCGGACGGCGAGCGACAAGGUUAUCUCAUCGACUGGGAGCUCUCCUCCUCAAUCAAUAAAGAUGGGCAAGCCGAGAGCAAGCAUGUUGUGGGCACUGUCCCUUUCAUGUCGCAACGUCUCGCAGCAGGUGAGAAGAAAACAAGACACACUAUUCAGGAUGACAUGGAGUCUCUACUUUACGUCGUCAUAUACUGUGGCCUUCACUGGCUCCAUCACGGAGAGGGCAGGGAUGGCAAGGACACGAUGCGAGCAAUCCAGGGGAUGUUCCACAACCGCGAGGAGGUUGGGCCAAGCCAUGGAUCAGUCACUCACCAGACAUUCCGGACGAUGAAACCAGGGCAGGGCAAGCUGGACAACAAGCUGCGGCGGACAUACAUCGAUCCCUCCAAUUUCGAGCAGGAUCUCGGCGAUUUCUUACUGGACUCGAUGACCCUCCAUUAUCCGUGCUUCCGCGAUACUCCGGACGAGUGGGAUACUCCGGACGAGUGGUACGAAUUUUGGACGGAAUACCUUGAAGAGCGGAAUCUCCCCAACGACGACAGAGUUCAUUUCAACAAAGAUGCCAACUCGAAGGAUAACUCGAAGCCCGCACCCAAGGCCGUGGCGCACCGCGCUGGGGUUCACCCUAAUAAGCGCAAGGCACCACAACGACACGAACCAACGGAAGGCGACACAGCACAUGGCGUACAGGCGAACGCGAGGCCCAAAAAACGUUUGAGGAAAGCGGCGAGGUUGACCGGCAAAGAGAUGCGCGGCGUCAUCAAUGCCCGUCAGUCAGGCGACCUUGCAACAGCUGAGAACACGCCCUUCAUUCUGGACGCCGCGUUCGUGCAGUCUGAUCUCGUCUCGCGACGCGUUCCCACCAUGCCACAUUAUGCCAGGAGGCUCUCAAGCGGACAGAUUUGUCAGCAAAAGUGUCGCCUACCCCAUGUAGUCAUUACUCAGCAACUAGGCGCUGAUCAUCUUCAUCCCAUACCACUGCCAUGGUCUGCAAGAAAUGUGAGGGUAAAACCUCGAAGUUGGCCGCGCCGGACCCGUUCACCUCGACCUCGCAGAGUAUCAAGGACGGCUCACGGAAGAUCGGGGAGAACAAGUUGCUCAGCCGACCAGGGAGCUCGAAGAACCGGUUCCAGCCAUACCAAGGUAAAUGCAGGGACUGUAAGUCGUCGGUCACGCAGAACAGGGCGAAGUACUGCCACGGUUGUGCGUAUAAACGAGGUGUGUGCGCUAUCUGCGGCAAGAAAGUCUUGGACACGACGGGCUACGUUAUGUCGGCCAAAUAGUGUUGCUAAACUGCGCCUUGUCGCGCGUGGACUGUGGUAUCUCGAGACAUUCUGUCAUGGUUGUAUUUGUAGAUCUUCUACUUUCGCCUUCAUUAUCUGA